ACGAGGAAAUAUCCCUGUAAACAUGGCAUCCUACAGUCGUGUUGGGAGGUUGUGGAACAUUUCUGCAUUAAUACCGAGACAGCUCGCUAUCCGCAGUUAUGCGACUGUACUUGACAGACCCUUACUCAAAACGCCAGUCACAAGGAGACUGCUUCAGCCAUCACCUGCCAGCAAUUUACUUGCGAGAAACAUGUUCAUACAGACCCAAGACACACCAAACCCAAACAGUCUGAAGUUCCUGCCAGGGCGAGUGGUGCUGGAGACCGGGACAAUGGAUUUUGCUGGGCCUCGUGAUGCGUACUGUUCUCCCUUGGCCAGGCAUUUGUUCAGAAUUGAUGGCGUCAAAAGUGUUUUCCUGGGCCCAGAUUUCAUCACGAUAACCAGGGCUGAUGAGACCAUGGAGUGGAAGGUUAUUAAGCCGGAUGUCUUUGCUACAAUCAUGGACUUCUUUACCACUGGACUUCCAGUCCUAAAUGAGGAGGCAACACAACAAGCGGACACAGCUCCUUCAGAUGAUGAUGACGAGGUGGUUGCUAUGAUAAAGGAACUUUUGGACACUCGUAUCAGGCCCACAGUGCAGGAGGAUGGCGGCGACGUCCUGUAUAGAGGUUUUGAAGAUGGCAUCGUGAAGCUGAAGCUCCAGGGCUCCUGCACCAGCUGCCCCAGCUCCAUAGUCACCCUCAAGAGCGGCAUCCAGAACAUGCUGCAGUUCUACGUUCCUGAGGUGGAGAGCGUGGAACAGGUGAAGGACGAGGAGCAGGAAGAGGAACAAGGAGCUAAAGGCUGAUCUGCACUGGCCCUUUAUUAUAUAAAAGACAUUCCUCUACCCCCCUCACCCUAGAAGCCAUCUUUGUACUGUAUACCCAUCGCCCUGCCCCCAUCGUGCCCCGGACUGCUAAAGGAAGCUGUAGAAAAAGCAGCAUAUCCUCCCCUGGGCCAUCCUGUACCUCACAGUGUGGUGCAUCGUCAGGAAGGACUUCAAGUUCAAGUAAUGAAAGGAGGAUCACCAGAGCAUCCCAUACGUGGAUAUUUGAAUUUUGUUCAGAAAGCCACAAGACUAACAUUUAGACACCUGAAGAGUAGUUAGUCUUGUUGGUCUUGCACCUUUCUUAAUAAAGUUGAAAUAUCCACAUCUGAGUUGCUAUUGCGAACCUCCCUUCAUGGCUAAUUUGGGGCCCUUGGAGGCCCCCAACCUCAAGAGCGUCAGUCAUCCGCUGCACCAAUCGCUCUUUGCAGCCUUUCUAGGCCAAGCUAUAGAUGAGAGGCGUGCCUGAUGCCGAAAUAUUGUAGCAGAGAUGUUGUGUCUUCCAUGCUACAGUCCUGCAGUGUUCUCCUAUUGUUUAUAUAGAUUUUUAAAGCCACCAGAGAGUUAAUGUGUGCGUUCCAAUAUGCAACCUUGCGUCCUCCACUUGUGCUUGUGACCUCGUACCAGGAAGUAAUACGUCGUGAUGACAUCACUGACAUCUGCAUUUUAUUUCAAUAUCUCGCAAAAGCUCAGCUGUAAAGUCAUUUUCUCAUUUUCAAACAGGACGGUAAAUGAAGAAUAGUGCCCCAAAAAUUGUUGUGGCUAGGCUGACAGCAGGGAAACUUAAUUAUGUUCUCCACGGAGGCGGGGCAUCUGCAAAACGUGAGGCCACAAGCCCAAGUGGAGGACGCAAGGUCGCAUAUUAGAACGCACAUUAUAUAUUUCUUCCUGUUUGCCUCGCUUUAUUUAUUGUUCAGCUAUUAAAGCUCUCUCUUGGAAGUGAGUGUCACAACGCACAAAUCUACUAAAACAAUUAGUUGUUUGAUAUGAUAUGCCUUUUGUGAAUACCAAACACUGGACAGUACUCUAUUUAUAUGCUUAAGGAUGUGUCGUGUGAUGGUAUUUCUCAUUUCAAACAUAUUGAAAUGCUUCAGGAUACAUGUUACUCUUAUAACAGAUAUUCUCUGAUAUACCAGCAACAACCACAUUUCUCCAACAUUGCACCAAAUAGCAAUUGACUUACACUUUUCUGUGUUUAUACUGGUUAUACAUAAAAUAAAUGCAUCAGAAAUCAUAAUCAAAUGAUCCAUAUCAGAUAUCCAUAAUCUUGCAAUAACUUCAAAUAAACAAAUGUCUUGC